GUCUUCAUAUAGAUCAGAGAGCCUCCAAAUUAGACUCGAAAGAUCGUUUAAGAAGUGAAACCCUAACCCUAAGUCUUGAUCUUUGAUAUGGCGUCGUUCGCGGAGGCCCCGCCUGGCGAUGCGAAGUCCGGCGAGAAGAUCUUCAAGACCAAGUGCGCCCAGUGCCACACCGUCGACAAGGGUGCUGGCCACAAGCAAGGUCCUAAUUUGAAUGGUCUUUUUGGGAGGCAAUCUGGUACAACUGCUGGUUAUUCCUACUCUAAUGCAAACAAGAACAUGGCUGUGAUAUGGGAAGAAUCAACUUUGUAUGACUACUUGCUCAAUCCAAAAAAGUAUAUCCCUGGGACUAAGAUGGUUUUUCCUGGUCUGAAGAAGCCACAAGAACGUGCUGAUCUCAUUGCUUAUCUUAAAGACGCUACAUCUUCUUAAUUCUCAAUAUACUAGUAAAAAUUAAAAUUGCAUCAUUUUCUUUUGGCUAAUAAGGCACACGAGAUGAAAAAAAAACAAUUUUUGUUUUGCAUGAAACUAUCUGGACCAGGUAGCUUAUUUGUUUGUGGGAUUAUGAUCCCAUAGCUCAUUGUUUUAAUUAGGAAUCUUGCCCGUGAUAUUUCUACGAGCGUAGACCAUUUGAGUCAAAAAGCCAUUUGAGUAAAAAACAUGCUACGGCUACUUUUUAAACUAAAUGUAGGAAUACCAAUUUGUCACAAAUAAUGGAUGACUGCAUUUUGUCAUGGUGGAUGAUUGUUUUGGGUUCGAGGAUGAAUGAUAUAUUAUUCUGGUA